AAGGGGUGCUAUCUUUACAACAGACAUUCCUUUCUUUCUUUUUCUUUCUUUUUUUCUUUCUUAUUUAAAUUUAAAGCGGUAACAGCUUACCAAUGUUAUCAAUAUAUUGUCGGUACACAACACGUAGAUCUAAUCAUCUAAUCUUUAUGAAGGCCUCUUCUUUUGCUGCAUGGUGAGUAACCUACACAUAUCUUUCAUGUUAUCUUACUUAAAGACAGUAUAACUCUCUCUGAUCUUUUUCCAAACUGUUGUUUCUUUGAUCAUAUAUACAUGAAUGUUGUUGUUGUUUUUCAUAAUUGAUUGUAAUAUGUAUUAGUGUAUUCAGCAUUGCUUCUGUUCACAGCACACAGAUAAGAGUUGUCUUGAAGGAAGGGAAAUUUACGAGUCUUGCCGAGGAUGGGCUCGGAUAUUUCAGGAUCUCGCAGGCCUAUUGGUCUGGGGUUGAAUCCACUUCCAUAAACAGGACUCCUAAAACCUGCUGAGCCAUCAGAACACAACAUAUAUAUCCUAUAUAAUUUGUUUCUCUCUGGGACUCGCCAUUCUUUCCAGUUCUUCUUCCAAGUGUGUCCUGCCCUCUUCUCCUCUCAUAGGGUGAAAACACAACAAACCGCCAAGAUGUCAGAAAAAAAGAUGACCUCUAGCCGUAGGCAUCAUCUGAAGAGCCUGGUGCUCUCCAUUGCCUUGGAGCUGCUGGAGGCUGAAGCCAAACAGCUGGUGACCGAUAAGGAGACUUACAUGAGCGAGAACUGCUCAUCUCUGGAUCUGCCUGGAUCCAUGCAAGACCUGCAGGAACUGUGCAAGAAGCUGCACCAACAGAUCGACAAGGUUGAUGAGGAGAGAUAUGACAUGGAGGCCAAGGUUGCCAAAGCAAACAAGGAGAUUGAUGAUCUGAAGAUUAAGGUGGUCGACCUGAAGGGCAAGUUCAAGAAACCCGCUUUGAAGAAAGUCAGAAUGUCUGCCGAUCAGAUGCUUCAAGCUCUGCUCGGCUCCAAACACAAGGUGUCACUGGAUCUGAGAGCCAACCUGAAACAAGUCAAGAAGGAGGUCAAAGAAGAGUCUGCAGAACAAGUCGGCGACUGGCGUAAGAACAUUGAGGAUAAGGCUGGUAUGGAUGGCAGAAAGAAGAUGUUUGAGUCUGAGGCUUAAAAUAUGUUGUGUUUAUUCUCUCAUAUGUCUUAAAUUGUCUCUGGUAAACAUCUUUUAUCCUGUGAAACUCCAGUUCUAAUAAACAAUUUUCUUGGACAAUUUUUACAUGGUCAUUCACAGUGUUGCAUGGCAUUAAAGAUAAAUGUGUACGUUAUAUGUGCCUUUGUGAUUUUACUCACAACAAUUAGAGUUCAGAAGUUCUGAACAGCUUAGCGAUAGCAUUAGCAUGUAAGCAUGCUUCAAUAAAAGGAGUUUAAUAUGGUAUAAAAUAGCAUUUUUCAGCCGUAUUUGUUUAUGUUUGAUGAAAGAUCAUGAAUUAUCAAAGCAUCUUACUACAUUAUUGUAUUAAACACCCUUUUAAAAAGAACUCUCUGGAUCCAUGGUACAGUGAUAAAUACCAUUCAAAAAUGGCCAUAAUUUCAAUGGUAAAAGACUGUAAAAAUGCUACAGUAAAAAACUUAAAUUGGCUAACGAGCAGUUACCUUAAAAUAUACAUAAUUAAUGUUUAUUGCAUAAUUUUAGUUUCAUAUGUGUUACCCUGAUGGUGUUUAGUGUUUGUGUGAGUGCAACUGAGCACUGUCUCUACAUUUUGUAUUGGUCAUUUCUUCUGAUAGGGUCACCUUAUGUCUUUAUGUCAUCAUGUGCACUUCUAUAAUUUCUAUGAUGACGUACAAUGCAUUAUAAAGUGAAAAACAGAUUUUCGCAGUUCCAGUAGGUUAAUAUAUUAAGUUUAUAUCAUUUAAUGAUAUAAGCGACAGCACUGCACCAUAAAAUAUACCUUAAAAACAACAGUUUUAAACUGUAACAUUUACAGGUUGUUCUGUAAAGUUGUUUACAUUUUUACUGUAUUUUUUU